AUGGGCACCGCUUGUCGAUACUCAAGGAGUGUCCAAAUCAGUCAAGAGCAUAGCAUCAUAGACUUAGAAUAUGCUGAUGAUGUGGUCCUUUUUGCUGAUAGUUAUGACGAAAUGCAAGUAAUGCUAAAUAACGUGUCAGAAACUACAGCAAGAAUAGGACUCACGAUCAACGUAGUGCCCGAUUUCAAAUACCUUGGGUCCACUCUAAUACCAAAUGGGCAGGCAAAAGAUGAUAUAACAACUCGGAUUACGGCAGGUAGAAAUGCUUUCUUCCGGUUGACGAAAUCUUUAUGA